UCAGCUAUGGAGGUUUUCAACUCAACUCAGCCUCAAAAUAAUUUUGGCAAGAACAACUAUGGUAGAAUUUUGUUUGAACUCAGUUAUUCUAAGCAAGAUCUAAAUGACUCGAUUGCAAUCUGCGUAAUCCACGCUAUUCUCUGCUUUACGGCGUUGCUCGGAAACACUGCCAUUGUGAUAACAAUUUGGAAGACAUCCUCUUUGCAUUCGGCGACGAAUAUCUUACUGGCAAGUCUUGCUAUCUCAGACCUUGCUGUUGGAUUGCUUGAAGAGCCAUUGUUUAUAGCAUACUUGCUCAGCGGAACAUAUAGUGUUGGCCUACUUUUUCACGUUUCCGCCUCCAUUUUUUGUUCCAGUUCUUUUUUCACUAUUACAGCAAUUGCAGUCGACCGCUUGCUUGCUCUUCAGUUACAUUUAAGAUAUCACAGCGUAGUAACACGUUCUCGUAUCAUUUUGUUAGUGAGUUUUAUCUGGAUCUUCUGUAUUAUUUUUCAAGCGGGAAUCUGGGCUUCAAACCUACCUUAUAUCAGUGACAUUCUCGCCUCUGCUGUUAUCACCUGUGUGCUCUCUGCGAACUUUGUGAUUUAUUUCAAAAUCAAUCUAGUUAUCCGUCAUCAUCAAAGACAGAUUCAACAUCAACAACCAGAAGCAAAUAAUGGAAACAUUUUCAGUGUGAAAAGAUUUAGAAAAUCUGCUUUAAACUCCUUUCUUAUAUACAUUGUUCUUCUCCUUUGCAACAUGCCUCAUUCAGUUGCCAUCAUAAUGCAUCUAACGGGGGUAACCACACCACCAGGUUUUUAUAUGGCAAUAAUUACGUUAAUUUCCCUUAAUUCAUCUCUGAACCCUUUUUUGUUCUGCUGGCGGGAUCGUGAAAUCCGCGCAGCCAUGAGGCAACUGUUCUGCCGAGGAUUGUAACGCAACUUUUUGACGAAUCACAUCCCUGGAAGGAUUUCGAUUUUUCUUGAGAAGCCUAAGAUAGAAUUCGUUCUCGGGUUUACUGGCGGUAAUAAGGUGUUAUCAAACCAGUUUUAUUGUUUGGUGCGGGUUAUAAGCCCGGCAGGGGAACUCCUAUAUGAAAAGGACGGGGUG